AUGAGGCCAACCGAGACUGAUCCCAAGCAUGACAUACUCGCCUUCCACAAGAACCUAACAGAGAUCGAAUCCAUCACCUACAAUGAGCAGAAGGCAGGCGACUGGCUGGCCGCCGCCCUCGAACACAACGGCUACACAGUCGAGAAGCAAUGGGUCGAUAAGGACGCCGGCCGCUUCAACAUCUACGCCUACCCGGGCUCUGUCCGCGAAACCAAACUCCUGCUCUCAUCCCACUACGACACCGUCCCCCCCUUCAUCCCCUACACCCACACCAACACCACCAUCGCCGGCCGCGGCACCGUCGACGACAAAGCCAGCAUCGCCGCCCAAUUCGCCACCGUCAACAGCCUGAUCGCGCAUGAGCAGAUCAGCGCCGAUUCCGUAGCCCUGCUCUUCGUCGUCGGCGAAGAAACCGGCGGCGACGGCAUGCGCGCAGCUAAUCGCCUCAACCUUAAACCCGAGACUAUCGUCUUCGGCGAGCCGACCGAAGGCAAACUCGUCUCCGGCCACAAAGGUAAUCUCGGCUUAAAAGUUACAGCGAAAGGCAAAGCAGCGCACUCCGGCUACCCGUGGCUCGGCCGCAGCGCCAACGAAGUCCUCACGCGCGCGCUGGCGGCUUUGAUGGAGCUGGGUCCGAAGCUGCCGCGGAGUGAAAAGUACGGCGUCACGACGAUUAAUCUAGGGAGGAUUGAGGGGGGUGUGGCGGCGAAUGUGAUUGCUUCGUCUGCGGAGGCGGAGGUGGCGGUGAGGAUCGCUACUGGGACGCCGGAGGAGAUCAAAGAAGAAAUUACGCACGCUGUUCACCAUGCUAUUGAGACUUUCCUGGACGAUGGGAUGGAGCCGAAGGAUGUCAUCGAGUUGGCUUUCACGAGCAAAGGGUACGGACCGGUGGAUAUUGAUCACGAUAUCCCGGGGUUUGAGGUGUUUACUGUGAAUUACGGCACGGACAUCCCGAAUUUGGAGAAGACGGUGGAGGGGCAGAAGAGGUAUUUGUAUGGGCCGGGGAGUAUCCUGGUGGCGCAUAGUGAUGAUGAGGCGUUAGAGGAGGAAGAGUUGAAUGAGGCUGUCGAGGGGUAUGAGAGGAUUAUUCUGCAUGUGUUGGGUAAAAACUAA